UCAGAUUUGCUGAACCGUAUGCCUUCCUGGAAGAGAUAGUCAAGUUGAAUGGGAACUAUAAGCAGGGUAAGAAAUGCGCGAAGCUUGCUGUUCUGCUUGGAGUGGAGACUCCAGUUGCCACGCGCUGUCGCUAUGUGCCCUGUCUGCCCUUAUCGCCCAUGAUGAGCGAUAUCUCGGAAAAUACAUUCCAUGAAGUCAUCGCAAAGGCAAGAGAUUUGCCGGUCGUACAUGAAUUGUGUAUCCGUAUCAUGGAGUCUCCCUACGUUCCAGCGGUCAUGGAAGAAAUCUACGCUUGUGCUCUAUUGAACGCCCCGCAGGACAAAUUGAUGGAAACGCUGGAUCUUAUCCAAAGUCAUAGAUCCGCUCGAAAACGGAAGGAUCAUGAAGAAGUGAAAAUCAGUGACAAACUAGUGAUUGAUGCAAUGUAUGCAAGGACACGAUCAUGGCAAUAUGUUGCACGACCUGAUGAUGAUUCUCGUCUCACUCUUCGCGACUGCUCUGAUCUCAGUACUAGUGAGGUAGCUGCAUUGUUAACCAACAUAAGCUCUUCUCUUGCACUAUGUACAGCACUGACCGAAGCGGAGUGUGAUCCGUGGACGAAGAACGAUUUUCUGCUGAAAUAUGAGCAGGCUUUGCGUACCCUUGAACCGCAGCUCAAUGAUCAUAUGGUCGAAUCCGUCCCGCCAUCGAUGCUUAUUUCACAAAUUACGUCAGAUGCAAAUGUUACUGCUUUGGACAGGUUGUCAGAUUACGGUUGCGACCGCGAGCGAUUCGUUGAAGAUCCUGAGUAUCGAAAAGAGUCAAUUAUAGGACUAGCCAUGACUGAAGAUGAAGAAAUGUACGCUGAUGCUCUUCGGCUAGCUGAAGAUUUCAAAAUGAAUGACUGGCCAGUACAUUUCGCCUCGCUGGAGAAUGCACUUACUUCGCUGGAUAUCCAUGAAGCAAAAGCGAUACUGAAGGCACGAGGGCAUCUUUCUCGAUUACGCUCUGAUCCCGACAGGUUACACAGUCAGCUAAGGACUCUGGUUGGCCCUCUGAUGACCAGUAACGAACAGUUUAUUGCCUAUUUAUCGCUGCUGUACGUCUCUUCACAGACACAGACUACUUAUAUAAUCUCAUUAUUUCUAUUCCGGGAUCGGGUAAUUCUAUCGCUAGUAGACGGGAUUCUUGCUAUUCCGGUGGGAGCUGAAGCAUGUGAAGCAGCAGCGAAAAUUCUUCUCGAUGGUACUGAAAUAAGGCCAGCUGCGAGUCCUGCUGUUAUAUUCGCUCUUCUUGGCAAAGAUGAAGCGAACUUCAUCGAUCUCGUCGCCUGCAAACCGGUGUCGGAGGAACUAGAGUACCUUGAACGAGCACUGUUAAUAUUGGAGGCUACACCAAACGCUGAUAGCCGAUUGAUCGAAGUUGUCAGGUUGGUCCUUGAAGACAUAGUUCAGGUGGUACGGAUUGGGGUGGGCUGA